UAUAACCAUACAUCUAUCAAUACUUAUGUUAAUCACCACUUAAUCAAAAUCCCCAUUUUCCCCCAACUACUACUACUACUAGCAAGUACACUCUUCUUUCUCUCUUCACUUUUUUUCUCUGUUCUUCUUGCAGGUUUAUCCAACAAAACCCUAGAUCUGUCCCCCUUUUAGCAUUUUGAAAAGGGAAAAGGGUGUGUAAAUUUGUGAAAAAGGAGAAGUUUUUUUGUUAGAGGAGAUGAGUGGGACCUCAACAACAUCAAUGGUGGGGGUGGGGGGAGGUGGGGUGGGGGAGAUGGGGUAUGAUUAUGGAUUCAGGCCACCGUUUACGGCUGUGCAAUGGCAGGAGUUGGAGCAUCAGGCAAUAAUUUAUAAGUAUUUAGUAGCUGGGCUACCCGUGCCACCAGACCUUGUAGUACCUAUUCGAAGGAGUUUUGAUGCUAUUUCAGCCAGGUUCUUCAAUCAUCCUAGCUUGGGUUAUUGUUCCUAUUAUGGGAAGAAGUUUGAUCCCGAGCCAGGAAGAUGUAGAAGGACAGAUGGAAAGAAGUGGAGGUGCUCCAAAGAUGCACAUCCUGACUCCAAAUAUUGUGAACGACACAUGCAUCGAGGCCGAAACCGUUCAAGAAAGCCUGUGGAAUCUCAAACUACUUCCCAGUCCUUGUCGACAAGUAUAUCACACAUUACUACUGGGAGCAGCAAUAGAAGUGGAAGUUUCCAAAGCAAUAGCAGUGGAAGCUUCCAAAAUAUGCAAUUAUAUUCCGUUGCUAAUUCAGAUGGAAUGAGUUACGGAAGCACCACGACGAAGCUGCAGAUGGAGCCCGUCUCCUAUGGGGUAAAUAAUAAGGACUAUAGGUAUCUGCAUGGAAUGGCUCCUGAUGCUGAUGACGAAAGUUUCUCGUCAGAAGCUUCCGCGAGUGUAAGAGGUCUAGGAGGAACAGGUUCUAACACAGACAACAUGUGGCGUCUGCUGCCAUCACAAGUUCCAUCAAAGCCCAAUCCGAAAAAUGAUUCCCAGCUGCUCGGUAGUUCACCUAAUCCAUUUGAGCCUGUGAUUGAAUCAAAACAGCAACCCCAACAUUGCUUCUUCAGCAGUGACAUAGGUUCACCGGGUACACUAAAGCAGGAGCCGCAGCAUCCAAUGCGCUCAUUCUUUGACGAAUGGCCUACCUCCAAAGAAUCAUGGUCCAAUCUCGAUGAGGGAUCCAGCAAAAAUAAUUUCUCCACCACUCAGCUGUCCAUAUCCAUUCCAAAUGCUCCUUCUGGAUUCUCUUCAAGGAGUGCUCCUUCCCCUAAAUGAGGCUUGACGUUAAGCAGUCUCUGGUGCUAUGGAGCGGAAUGGUUGUCCCAGUGCUAAACUCCCCGACAUAACAGUAAAAACAAAGACAUGUAGGUGGAUCGACUCAUCAUGUUGUUACUUCUGCUUGUAUGAGCUUACAUGUACGUUUUCUUAUUUCUAGUACAUUUAGUCCUUGCAUUGUGUUUGUAGUUGUCUUUCAAUUUCAGUACUCUAUUAAACAAACAAACAAAUAUAUUAUGGCUUAUAAGACAAAGUUUGCCAUAAAAAUAAUGUAUUUAUUCAAGUAAUUUGCUGUAUGAGAUGAUCAAUUUGUGGGUUCUUGCUGUGGAAGUAAACCAAUUUUAUGUUGGAAAUCA